CUCUCGCGCUUUACUCCGCCCCGGAUAUGGCUGGCUAGCUACGCUACCAUCAUCCGAUCGAUGCUGGGCUACCACCGCGGCACUGCACCACGGCCUUGACACUUUAAUUGGAGACAGAGCUAGUUUCACUAUUUUCGCCAAGUAGUGGACAGCAGAAUUGCCUCAGAAUUGUGCUUUUCAACGCCAUCAGAUCUUUGGCGGCGGUCGGAUCUGAGUUUUCGUUAGGAGUUGGCCUGAUGAGCUGUGUAGUGUUACUGCCGCAGCCGCGCCGAACACUUCGUGGAGAUUUCUCCAGCCGGGCACGGCCGGGGAGCAAGCCUUUGACGUUCCUGAUCCUGGGCCAGUGCGCAGCCAGUGUGUGACAACAAGUUGUAAAUAGAUGUAUACAGCAGAGCUGAGAAUUGAUCUACAAUGGAGACAUUAUCCACCUUAGCAACGGGAUUACCCUCGACCAACAUUCCUUUGCCUCUAUCAGACAUACUGUGGAUGGUCGUCCUUGGUUUUGUUAUCUCCUUUAUCUUGUCUGUCGCCAUCGGUGCUAACGAUGUGGCCAACUCGUUUGGAACGUCGGUAGGGGCAAAGGUGUUAACGCUACGUCAAGCCCUGUUCCUGGCAACUAUCUUUGAGACGCUUGGUGCCGUACUGAUGGGGUCAAAGGUCGCUGAAACUAUUCAGAAAGGGAUAUUUGAUGUAGAGCUGUAUGCGGGACGGGAAGAAACAUUGGUUCUUGGGGAAAUAUCAGCGCUAGCAGGAUGUGCCGUAUGGCUUUUUGUAGCGACAGCUUUUAAAAUGCCAGUCUCGACCACGCAUAGCAUUGUGGGAGCUACUUUGGGUUUCCAUUUUGUUGUUUUUGGAGUCAAAGGCAUUCAAUGGCUACAGGUUGGCUUGAUAGUUUUAUCCUGGGUGACUUCUCCAGUCUUAUCUGGCCUUUUUUCUUCAGUUAUUUUCAUCAUCUUGAGGCAUUUCAUCCUAAGAAAAGAAGAGCCUCUCGAGCCUGGUCUUAGAUCGUUGCCAAUUUGGUACGGCUUAGUGAUCACUGUCAAUUUCUUCUCCAUAUUCUAUGAUGGACCUACCGCCCUUGGUUUUGAUAGCAUACCUCUAUGGGGUGUCUUUGUGCUAAGCUUUGGGUCUGGAUUCCUUGUUGGAUUAGCGGUCUGGUUUAUCAUGGUGCCAUACAUCAGAAAGAAAAUAAUCGGUAGGAGUGGUGAGGAGAAGGAGGAUCGUGCAGUGGAGACACAAUCAAUAUUUGCAGUGAAGCGGAGGUAUAGCCAUGACAACAAGAGCGACAAAGUCGGGUUGAUUCCUGGAGCCGGGUCGGCACUUGAUGAAGCCAGAGAAGAAACAGGAAGUGAAAAUGUCACAAAACUUGACGAUGCUGAAACAACGAUGGAAAAUGAGGAUGAAGCAGCGAAUGAAGAUAGGGUCAAUAAAGGCGUGUCAGAGGUACAAGAUCACCCCCAUGUGACUUCCCUAUGUUCUCCGUUGCAGGCGCUGUCUGCCAUAUUUGCCAGCUUUGCACAUGGUGGAAAUGAUGUCAGUAAUGCCGUUGGACCUCUGAUAGCCAUCUGGUUGAUCUACAGGACCGGAGACAUUGCCCAAGAGGAACCAACACCUCUGUGGGUGCUCUUCUAUGGAGCACUGGGCAUCUCUCUAGGAUUAUGGUGUCUCGGACGUCGGGUGAUUCAGACGGUGGGGGAAGAUAUUACAGCGCUAACACCGUCAAGUGGGUUUUCUGUGGAGCUUGGUGCAGCCAUGACGGUGCUCCUGGCAUCCAACAUUGGCAUCCCCAUCAGUACCACCCAUUGCAAGAUUGGAUCCGUGGUAUCGGUCGGUUGGCUGCGAUCGAGGGAAGCUGUUAAUUGGUCGCUCUUUGGAACCAUUGUCCUGGCGUGGGUAGUGACUCUUCCGGCCACAAUGGGACUGUCUGCUGCUAUCAUGGCCCUUCUUCAGCUUGCCAUAAGAUGAUCAUCCUUGAUAGACACUGCCCUUCUUCAGCUUGCCAUAAGAUGAUCAUCCCUGAUAGACCUUGCUCUUCAAAUCCAUCUAUGAUAAGUGGCUAUUCUGCUGACAUCACUCAAUCACAGAAGGUAGUGAGAGGUCUCUCCCUCUCAAAUUUCCUGGGGUGCUACUUUUCAGAUUAUAAUCUUAAUUCAGAGUUUUUCAACAUAUUUUUGGCCAUAGAAAACACCUCUUUUCGGACAUGACCCUCUAAUUACAAGGUGAGGGUCCGAACUGCUACACCAUGACUCUCCCACCGUUAUUGUUAUUAUAUAUGCAUGACUGGUGACCCUUUCUUGUACUAAAUGAGAUUCCCUGAAUUCUCUCCUGCACAGCAUAGCGAGUUUAUAGGCGCCGCUUUUCUGACGGCUGCGGCUGCGGCAGCGUGAACAUUGAAAUCUUAAUCAAGGUUAAGUUUUUGAAAUGUCAUUAUAACUUAAUAUAUGGACCUAGUUCAUAAAACUGGAACAUAAGAGCAAUUAAGUAUCGCUGAUUAUCCUGUGCUAAUUUAAGGUCACAUGACCAAGGUCAUAGGUCAUUUAGUGUCAAUGAACUUUGGCCAUGUUGAGGGUAUUUGUUGAAUUGCCCUCAUAACUUUGAAAGUUUAUGGAUCUAAUACUAAAUAGGUUCAUUAUUGCGGACUGAAAUAAUCGCUAGAGGGUAUUCAUUUGUCUCGCAAUCUACUAUGGUCAACAAGGAAACUCGUGAUCACUCUCGCAAAAAGUGUUCACUAGCUUUCUAGGAAAUUUGUGAUCACUCUCGCAAAAAGUGUUCACUAGCUUACAAAAGUUAAUGGAUCUCAGUCAGUCCUCAAGCCCCUGUGUUAAUGAGCAAAUGAGCAAGAUUUAUCCAAGUCCUCUCGUGGCUGAAUUCAUGUCCCUGCAAAAUCUCGUGAAUUGUGAGACUUUCUUUCUCAAAGAAUUUAACCACUUUCUCCUUGAGUAAUAUUGAUUAUUUUUGUACCAUGGGCAAGAGUAAAUGUUACCCUUUUAUAUUGGUCAUUUCUUUUGAAUGAAAUAUUUUGAUAAAUAAGUGAAUUUUUUACCUGAAAAGAUGCAUCAAACAGAAUUUUCUUCCUCUGUUUUCACUUGCAAACUGUGCAACAUUUUGUGUUUUAGGCACCAACAUUAUUUAUAUCAUCAGAAAGCUCAAACUCUAUACUUUCUUACAAUGUCACUCUUGAUAUGUGGCAUCUUUUAGAUGGGUCAGCAGCCAGUUAUUUCCAUCAAGAUGCAAGAUGAGAUUUCUGAAAUUUCUGAGUAACAUAAAAUCCAGAGUUCUGAUUGGCUGAAUACUGUUUUCAAAACAAACAGGCGCGGGUAAUUUGAAGAGAUUACCACAUGGUGAGUGUGACCUUGCAGAGGCCCAGUGUGGGGAACAUUGGAAUUUGCGUGGGUGUGUGGUCUAUGACCAAUCAGAGUGCAGUAUUCUUGUUUUUGAGCUGCAAAAUGUACUUGGCCUAUGAAAAGCUGGCUGCUGACCCAUCUAAAAUACAUCUUCUUAUAAAAAUUAUAUCAUAUUAAAGCUUAGAUCUUCAGCUUUAUCAUGAUCUAAAAAUCAUUUGUGCCUAAACAGAAAUUAAGUGUGAAAACAACAACUUUUGUUGCAUGAAAAAAAAAUAUUUUGUUUCAUGUUUUAGAUCAAAAGUUUUUCCUAUAUUACAACAUUCUUUUAAAAAUCCAAACACAUGACCUAAAAGAAUGAUUCUUCUUCUUUACAAAGAUACCAAAAACAUGAAAUUUGGUCAAUAUUUAGAGCAGCAAUGGCCGAAGAAAAAGAGGUGUUUUGGUUCGCACCAAGCUCAUUAACUGUGCAAAAACCCUCUUGUCAUGAAUAUCACUUGGAUAAAAGAAGCUACUUUUUCAGGGCUUGCGGACUGACUGAUCUAGUUUAUGGAUCUAGUUCAUAAAACUUAGACAUAAGUGCAGUCAAGUAUUACUGAACAUCACAUGACCAAGGUCAUUAAGGUCAAUGAACAUAGUAUUUUAUUAUCAUAUGAAUGUUUUUUUGUGAAUAAUUAUUCAAUAGUUGUUUUUAAAGUCAUUAUCUCGUUAUGCAGGCGAGACUGCCAGAGGUGUUCCACUCCCCCAAAGUUGAUUUUAACCAUUAAUGUAAUAUAAAACAGGGUUUUGUUGGCUGUUUUGUGCUAAUCAUUGAGGCUUAUUUUUUACUUGGAUUACUUAGAUGUAGAGCCGUAAAGCUAGAUACUAAUACCCUGUUCUCAUCUACUUUCUUAAACUGGUUUCCCUUAAACCUGUAAGGAAACCAGUUCUGAAGAUCCCUUUGCUAGUGUUCUUAUCACCGUCUCCUGAACUGCAUGGUUUCCAGAACCACUUCAUGUAAAGUGGUCUUGUUGCUAAGGGAACGCUCUCAGUGGGGUCAUAUGUUUUUGAGACCACAGUGUAGGCAUUCUACUCGCAGUGUGUACUGAGUAGCACACCCAACAUGCAACCACUCUCAAACUUCCAUGCAAAGAAUGGUUGUGUCCUCACUUGUACUCAAACCAGUUUAAAGGGGUAAAGCGGUUUCGAAAACCACAUUGUGAGGUGGUUUUUUCCAAACCUUUUUGGAAGAUUACUGAAGAUCGCUUCUAAGACUGCUUGGAGCAUUCCCAUUACAUGUUAAACUGGUUGUCACUCAACUAGUUUUAAAAAGUAAAUGAGAAUGGGGUCUUAUUGCCUUUAUUUCUUCCUAUUGUCUUAUGAAAUAUGCAUAGAGAUGGUUGAAACAAAUGUACUGUACCAGAACUGAAUAUUAUUAUUGUUAUUUGCUCUUUCAACCCAUAUUUGCUCCUAUUGUUUGUUUUGUAUGCAUUUAAGGUGCACUCUCUGUCCUCACACACUGUUCUGACUGGCUUCCUAUCGGGGCUGGUGCCCUUGUUUGCUAGAGCUCCUGUGAGUACUGAGCUGACCGGGCUUGCCCCUUAAAUUGUCGGUGAACGGGGCAGCAAGCACAAGGGCACCAGGCCCCACCAGGAUGUAGCAAGGAAUUUCAGUGUUGAUGAUGCGGGACGUUACUCGUAAUGAUUUAAGAUUUCUUUGUCCAUUUUAUUUAUAUCUAUAUUUUGUAGCUGUUAUAUUAUGUAUAAAAUAUUUGUAUCCAAAGGAGCUGUUGCUGCGCUAGCGCCAUGAACGUCUCUGGACAGUUUGUGCGCUCAAUAAGAUAUCACUAUCAUUAUUAUUGGUCAAGUUGGGAUAUUCAGAUUUAAAUCUGUUAUCCUGCCUCUGUCAAUACUCUCAACUUGCCUGUUUAAAGGACAAGUCCACCCCAACAAAAAUUUGAUUUGAAUAAAAAGCAGGGAUGCCACUUUUCCGUAUUUAUACGGAAUUCCGGCUUUUUCCUGCUAUCUGUCUUAUUUCCGUAUUUCCGUAUUUCCGACUUUUCCUGUUUUCUGUGUAUUAAAAGAAUUGGAAAGUCCUCCUUUUUUCCCCCUAUCUCUCCCGAUUGCGAUCGACCGAGUGAGAGAUAUUUCCCCGAGAUAUUUGCUUUUAUACAGUACAUAAUUUAUAAACGCGCGCACUGCCUACUACGUUCAUUGAGUUAUGCUUUUAUCAAGGCUUUCUGAAUAGAAUUCUCGAUAUCCUGGCCAAUCAAUGCGAGCGACAAGUCCCGAACGCACGCACAUAGACAAGCGCAAAGCAGCGGCACGAAUCGCGGUAUAAUAGCGACUGGUAAAUACGUCUGUAAAGAUGAUGACGUCAUGCAAGAUGGCAACUUACGAUGACCAACGAAGGAAUCGAGGAUGACUAAGUUUUGAUCAUCAUUUGAAAGGAAUUAGCGGUAACUGCGGUCUAAGGUACGAUGUUUCUGAAUUUUAUAUAUUUUCUCGUAAGUUUGGAUGUAAUUAUUUUUUUAUAAUGUGACAUUUUAUGUACCAAAAACGAUCCGAAAAUCGGGUUUCCGCCGAAUGUUAGAUCUAAUGUUACUGCUGCAUGCUGAUACGGAACCCAGGGAGCUCCGGCCCGGAAAGCGGGCCGGAGCUCCCUGGGUUAGCUGAUACGUUGUCUUUAUGUACGGGCCAACAACUCUUCAGUCUAUGUAUUGGUGAGUGGAGCCAACGCGGUUCAGCUGAACAACCAAAAUACAGAGACUGAAGCUUUUGGUCUAGCGUUCUAUGAGAAACACACAACAACUAACUACCGUCAGUUUUUCAAACCUAAUUGACUUCAAAGUCAUCUAUCACAACAAGGUAAGAUGCCACUUGGUCCUCCCCCCUCUCCUAAUUUUUUUUUUUUUUUUUUUUUUUUUUGCUUGUCCAAUUUUUUUUACCUGUGUCCAUCCCAAAAUUAAAGGUGGACCCCCCUAAAAAAAAAUUCUUGGACACUGUCCUGGCCCACGAUAAGUUUCAGUAUUUUUGGAGGACACCUAGUGGCAUCCCUGAAAAAGAGAAAAAUCCAACAAGCAUUACACUAAAAAUUUCAUCAAAAUUGGAUGUAAAAUAAGAAAGUUAUGAAAAUUUUAAGAUUUGCAUAAUUUCACAACACAAAAACAGUUAUAUGCACCUCCCCAUCAGUAUGCAAAUGAGGGAACUGAUGACAUCACUCACUAUUUCUUUUGUAUUUUAUUAUAUGAAAUAUUCAAAUUUUCUCCUCAUGGUCCUGUGAUUCAAAGUUUUAUUCCUCCCUAAACAUUUUAUGGUUCAUGUAGAUUGGACCUUGCUGUCAAAUCUGUAAAAAUUGAAAUAUUGCAUAAUUCAAACAAUAAAAAACAAAAUAAAUAGUGAGUGGAUGCUUCAUCAGUCUCCUCAUUUGCAUACCGACCAGGAUGUGCAUAUAACUGUUUUGUGAAAUUAAGCGAAACUUUAAAAUGUCAUAACUUUCUUGUUAUACAUCCGAUUUUGAUGGAAUUUUCAGUGUUAUGCUUGUGAAUUUUUUCUCUUUUUAUUCAAAUUAACUUUUUGUUGGUGUUGACUUGUCCUUUAAGUUAAUUUUGAAAAGUUUCUUGUUUGUCCUUAUUAUAUUCGUGAUAAGGGACUAAUGGGGCAUUGCUAAAAAUGCCAUCAAUUUCAAGUCUAUUUUCGGUCUCUAAAUCGUUCAUAAGUCUUGAAAUUAAUCGUAAAUUUGUAAUCGAUUACUGAUGCGCUUCUUGCAACAAGAAGUGUAAGUUGAUUUGCUACAGAUAAAAUUGAUCAAUCGAUUGUAAAAUUGAAACAGACGUUACUAUAUAAUGAUGCUUUUUGACAGACAAGCAUUAAUUCAUUGAAGGCUCUACUUGUAAAGUAUAUAUACACAUAUACACAGCUGCUUGCAGAUUGAAGGGAUGAACAUUGCGAACACGGUGCUAGUAAUUUACAUCUGCGGGUCCCAUAGUGAAAAGUUGGUACGUUGGAAAUUUAUUCUUGUUUCUGUUAUUGUAACUCCCAUAGGAGCUCGGCAGGACAGUUUUUUGCUAGUAUAAUUGCCAAGCUGGUACAAAACCAAUUACCUAUGAAACAUUUUGUGUCUAGGAUAAUCAGUCAUAGUGGCUGACCUUAUAGACGACAGAAACUACUCUCGGGGUCUUUUUAUCAAAGUGGAGGCAGUGGCAGAGUGGGGAUUUUCAAACUCACAACCUUACGGUUACGAGUCAAUGCUCUAAGAGAUUUACCGUGUAUCCCUGGAUACAUCUGUUGAAGUUUUCCCUCGCUCACAUCAACAGCCAAGAGUCACCUGGGAAGACCCUGGGAAGUCACAUUGGAGUCAUCUGAGAGUCACCUGGGAGUCAUUGAUCUGUGAAAGGUGUGUAAGUGAUGAAUUAAUAUUGUACUGAUAUUUUUUUUAUAUUAUAUGACAUACAUAUUUGUUCAUUUAUCAUGUAGAGUUCAUUUCUUUAAAAUUUAUUCGAAAAUUGUUUAUUGUGUUGAUUAGUGCAAUUUAUUAUAUUAUAUGGAAGAUAAAUCUUGUUUGCUAAUGCUAAUGAAUAUGUAUAUUUGUCGUGUCAGUUUUUGCAUAACAGGUAUUUUGUAUAUUUUUUUAAUGCAACUUAACUGUGAUGAUGAUAUGAAUUCAUAUAUAUAUCAUAACAUCAAAUGAAAAAAGUGUAAAAAGUGAUGAAUAUUUUUUUUAUACAAACGGUUGUUUCAGACACCACACAGGCCUAGCCUACUAUUUUUGCAGGAAUUCAUAGAUAAAUAUGAUGUGUGAUUUUACAUGUAUUUUUAUGACUACUGUCAUGACCAUGUUUGUCAAUUAGUGCUUUCAUUAAAAUGGAACAUAACUCUGCUAAUUAUCAAAGUUUUAUUUUGAUCAAGUGAGAUAAGGACAUAUAUUUUUAUUAUCAUAUUUAUGUGCAAAUUUAUCAGAAGGGCACUGUUAUGAUUUUUUUUCUUACAUGGUUUUAAAGAAAGACAUAUGUAUGAUAUGUGGUGAUUUGCAAAUGAUGUAUAUUUUUUUAAUGAUUAUAUCCAUGAACAGUACUUUCUUACAUUCCUUGCGGAUUACUUUUUUAAUGCUUUCAGAAAGAAAAAUGUAUAUCGUUUUAAAAGCCUGUAAUCAUACAGUUUGGAAAUCUAUGCCAGAAUUGUUUGUUGGAUUUUUUGUCUCUUGAUCAGUAAUUGUUACUUAUUAAAUCAUAUUUCAGUACUCAAAAUA